AUGGCGGUAGUACUACUGUAAACACUGUGUAAAGUUGAAGCAGAAGAAGAACAUCAUUUUAUUGAUCACCAUGUCGAUGUAGAAGGGAAACAAAACUCCAAACAACCACCCUGUUCCGAAACGGAGUCUGUAAAAUGGCAGGCGAGGAGGAGAGGGGGGUGGUCCGAGUCAAAGUCAAGAAAUGUGAUGGGGUUCUACCUGUGGAGUUUCGCUCCUUUGCUGUUGAUCCUCAGAUAACUUCGCUGGAGGUCCUGCAGCACAUACUAAUCAGAGCCUUUGAUUUAAAUGGGAAAAAGAAUUUCGGGAUCAGUUAUCUGUCUCGCGAUCGGAGUGGUGCUGAAAUCUAUAUGUCUCUUGUGUCUGACUGGGAUUUGGAUGUUGCAUUUGUGAGUGCAGCCAAACCGUUUCUACAGCUCAAGAUGGACAUAAAACCUUCAGAAGACAGUCCUGUUAUGGAGGACUGGGACAUCAUAAGCCCCAAAGAUGUGAUUGGCUCUGAGCAGCUUCUGGCAGAGAGGACUAGGUCUUUGGCAUCUGCAGCUCUUCCCUUCACCCAGUCUCUACUGUCCCAGGUGGGCCGAACCCUCUCCAGAGUCCAGCAGGCCUUCAGUUGGUCGUAUGGGGAGGAGAUCAAGCCUUUCAAACCCCCUCUGAGUGACGCUGAGUUUCACAGUUACCUCAACGGACAGGGCCAGUUAACACGACCUGAGGAGCUCAGACUGCGUAUCUACCAUGGUGGUGUGGAGCCAUCACUGCGCAAGGUUGUUUGGAGAUACCUCCUGAACGUCUACCCUGAUGGACUGAGUGGACAAGAAAGAAUGGACUACAUGAAGAGGAAGACAAGGGAGUAUGACCAGCUGAAGAGAGAGUGGACAGCACGGGUCAGCCUCGAGGACCUUGAAUUUAUUCGAGGUAAUGUCCUCAAAGAUGUCCUGAGGACGGACCGGGCUCAUCCCUACUACGCAGGUUCAGAAGAUAGUCCACAUUUGACUGCCCUCACAGACCUGCUUACUACAUUUGCCAUCACACAUCCACAGAUAUCGUACUGUCAAGGCAUGAGUGAUAUCGCUUCCCCUAUACUUGCAGUAAUGGACAAUGAAGCACAUGCCUUCAUUUGCUUUUGUGGCAUCAUGAAGCGUUUGGAGGGGAACUUCAGGCCAGAUGGGCAGCUCAUGUCUAUCAAGUUCCAGCAUCUAAAGUUGCUUCUGCAGUACUCGGAUCCUGAAUUUUAUUCUUACCUAGUGUCCCGGGGAGCUGACGACCUCUUCUUCUGUUACCGCUGGCUGCUUCUGGAGCUCAAGCGAGAAUUUGCAUUUGAUGAUGCUUUGAGGAUGUUGGAGGUUACCUGGAGCUCCCUGCCCCCAGAUCCUCCUGAAACAGAAGUGGAGCUUCUGGGACCACCACUUGAGACCAGUGAAACACUGUCCUGCAGAGACAAGGACGAGACAGUUGAGAAUUGCCUCAGAGAUGACAAGGAACAAAAAGAAAAGCAGCGUAGGCGACAUAUGCUGAGGCCUUCAAGAGAAGAAUCACAUAUGAGCAGCAAUGUUGCCAUAGAAGAAAAGGAUGGAGGCACUGGAAAUGGAAAUGAGGGAAGUGAUUCUGCUGUUCCUCAAGUGACCCUGGAAACGGCAGAUUUGCUAGCUCCUCCUUUUGAGAGGCAAACUAGUUUUGGAGAGUUUAAAUAUUAUUCUGCCCGAAAUGGAGAUAGUUUUGAUAUGGAGGAUGCUGAGCAGCCACAGGGCUUCAUGGCUUCAAAGUCAUUAACAAGCAUCCCAACACGACAGUCCACAGUUGACAGUGAGGAUGAUCCAGGAGAGAGAACACCUCUCAUACAAAACUUUGACAAUGGUUUGUCUCCAAUGUCAUCCUCUCCUCUUGUUCCUAGUGGCCUCCCAAUCUGGAAAACAGAGUCAUCUGUCUCUCCCACAUCUUCAGCUUCGCCCUCUAGUUGGCCAGGUGCUUCUCCAGACUCUUCUCCUAAAUCCCCAUCCACAACCAGUGGAAGAGAGGCCUUUUCAAGAACUGUUCCAAAGGUAUUGACCUCCUCUGCCCAGGUGCUCAGCAGUACAGAAAUCAACUCACCCACGACCCCCACCGUAAAAACAUCUGGUUCGUCUCCUUGCCACACUCAGAGUCGAUCCCUGCUGUCCUCUCCCAUUUUGUCUUUUGGAAGGGCCCACUCACAGUCUGUCAGCAGAUCAUCCUCCAACAAUCUCCCUUCCCCUGGAAACAACACGCCCAGCUCUUCCAAGGCUGAGACCACCAGCAUCAAACCGUGUUCCCUGCCACCUCCUCAAGAGUUCGGCAAAGGCAAUCCCUUCAUGCUGUUCUUGUGCUUGUCAAUCCUGCUGGAGCACCGAGACCACAUCAUCAAGAACAGCUUAGAUUACAAUGAGCUAGCCAUGCACUUUGAUCGCCUUGUGCGGCGCCACAAUCUGAGCAGGGUGCUGCAGCGAGCCAAGGCCUUAUUUGCAGACUACUUGCAGAGUGAAGUAUGGGAUUCAGAAGAGGGAGAUGAGGUUAGCUCGGACUCCCCGACAACAGCUACUGCUGUUCAACCCUCUCCUUCUUCAACCAUCCCUGCCAGGCCCAAUUACAGCCCUUUAGCAUCACCUCAGUCAUCAUCUCGAUACUCAACCUAUAACCUUGCAUCUACCAUUCCCUCUCCAUCAACUCAAAUUUCCCUCUCUCCCACCUCCUGAUUCCAUCUUGCAUCACUGGCUUCCAAUCCUCAGUGAACUCCUCAGUAGACUUUGGCCCACUGGAGGUGUCAGUCUUUUUUAGAUGGCCUCCCACAUUGAACUGGGCUGUUAAUAAUAAUAUCAUUCUGUGUAUGCUUGAAUACAUUAUGCCUGUCAUUGUAAUAUUUAAUUUUUUUCAUCAACCUUUAAAGUUAAACAUUUUUUGUCUGUCCUUAAAUAGGUGAUGAAAUGGCUUUAUUUCUCAUCUUAUCCUCAGUAAUUUCUGAUGAGUGAAAUGUUAAACCCUGUGAUUCAGGAGGUUUUUUGUUUUGUUAUUUUUGCCUGAGGCAACAAAAUUGAAGUCACUUGGUGCAUUUAGCCUUUGUUGCCCCUUUAUUAAAUUUGUUUACAAGCUCCAGCUCAAGUAAUGUCCUGUAAGCCACAAAUGUGUCUUAACUAAAGCACUCGAGUUACAUAGGUUGGAAACAUGAGGAAGUAUCGAUAGUCUUGUUCUUCAUCUUGGUCUGUAACAAACCAAACUGAUGGCAGCAUUUGGAAAUGAAACGAAGCCAGCACACGUCAUUAUUCGAUUACAUCUGCCGGCCUGCCUCCACUCAGUUUGACUCAGCACAGACCUGUUCUGUCUCCAUUAACCUUAAAGUGUAAAUCCACCAUAAAUUUACAUACUGUUGUGCUUAAAAACUUUUGCCAGGGUGUUCGGACAGAACACAGAGUGAAUUAUAGAUAUGGCACUGUUUCAUACAGAUUGAAUUAAAGGGUUAAUAUGUACAAUAUGGCCAGAAUUUUAGUUAGAAAUACUCUGAAAACGAACUAUCAUGAAUACAGUGUGAAGAAACAGCAGUAUUGAAAUCAUGUCAUAGAUGUUUUUGUACUGAGUUGCACACAUGUCUCCAUAAGAUACCAUGCUAACCAGUUAGCCCCUGUGUAGUAAUAUCAGUUUGUAUCUCAGGAGGCGAUAGUCUGAUAGCCCCCGUAGUUUCACCUGGGAGAUAUAUGCAGUGGCUAGUUUGCUACCAUAGUCUAACAAGUCAACAAAAUAAACUCACAGAAAGUCAAUAAAGGAAUAUUUAUACAUCUAUUUUUCGUAUUAAUCAGAAAAAUACAACAGGAAACCUGAAUUUAAGUUUAUCUCUUUUACUGAACUAAGACAAGCUUAAUUGGCUUGUUAAUUCAUCAUAAAACACACUUUGUUCAAAUGCAACAUCAACAAAAUAAAACUCACCAACAGUCUUGCUUUGUGUUUCCACAAUCACCUCUGGUUUGGUGGAAAUAAAUCCUCAAUUAGAGUAAGAUUUGGAAAUAUUCUGACUCUACAAGCCUUUUUUGCUUCUUCUUGCCUCUCCUGUACCUGUCUGCCAUGUCUUCUCGUCCCUGUAGUCAUAUUCCUGGUCAGAGCCAUUGUAAAUCACCUCUGUACUGUAUCCCAGUCUUCAAACCAUCGGUCUCAGAAACUACGUUCAGUCCCAGUCUGGUGUCCAGGCCUGUUCACUGGGAGGCAGCUGAGACCAGCAGAGCUGAGCUCUGUUGUCUGUGGUGAUUCUCUCCCCCCCCCCCCCGACUCCUGUCAGAAAAUAUGGCCACUUUAGUAGCUCCACUGCUAACUGAGCUAUGUGCCAACUGCAGCUAGUUGCUACAGCCAAAGAUAGCUACAACACAGUGUAUUGUAUUGUAUUGUAUUGUUUUGGAGCUACCCUCAAAUUCUGGCCAUUUCUUACAAAUUACACCUUUUGAGCUGUUGAUGGGCCAAAAUGAACCAUGUUUUUUAUUUUUAUUUUUAUUAUUUUUUUUUUUUUAUCCUGUCAUCUUGUUGCCUUUACCUUAAUAACCUUCUUAUUCUGUAACACUUAAUGAUUAUGUGUCUGCAGUUGGCUUACUGCUAUUGUGAAAAAGUGGUUACAUGAUUUUAUUGUUCCCCCAGUGCAGUAUAGGUAAGGUGAUAGAGGUUUGACGCUACAUUCAAACUACCGGUAUAAAAGGGUCUGUGCAAUGAGGAUGUAUCACUGACAUGUUAACUAAAUAAUUCUUCAACAGACACAGGGAAAUGAUUUUGUCUCUUGUUUUUAUUUAUUUAUUUGUUUUUUACAACUUUCAAUGUGAUUCAGCCAAUCACAGUUGAUGACGGCUAAUAUUUUACUGUCAGGCUGACUCCCGAUGAACAGAUGAGGAUAUGUCAUGAAGAAGUCUCCUACCUGAUCAUUGGUACGGGGGUCUCUAUUAUUUUUGUAUUGAUGACAUCACUGGAAGUGUCAUCAAUCAUGUUACACAUUAUGAAGAUAAACAGAUGCUGUACUGUAAAGAUGAUUUUGGUGUUAAUCUGCAUUGUACAAAUACCAUUCUGUUGAUAAACUGUAUGUGCUGGACUCAUUCAAAUUACAACAGUAGUCAUUAGUACUAUUCAUUAUUUAAUUCUGUUGUGGUUCAUUAAGUAUCAUUUUAGCACUUUGGGUAUUGCAGCUUUCCCAAGCCUCUUUGCUUAAGUGGAAUAGGAAGUGAUGCGCCUUGACAAGGCCGAUGGCAAAAAUAUUCUACGUAUUAGCAGAGAAGUGCCUCACUUGUUUGAAUCAAUAGCCUUGAUUUAUAUUUUCUUUCGUGCUCUCGAUGUGUCUACAUUGUGUCAUUAAACAUGUUGAAUUUAAAGCCAGUCAUAGGGCUGAGGGAUAUUUGAAUGAAAUCAUCAAUUGAUGGAUGUUGUUAAUUGGCACGCUCUGUAGAGCUAAGGUUAAAAUAAAAACAUAGAAACCCUAAAUCUAAGACAAGACACAAAUCAGUCAUCAAGAGAAUGCUAAUGUGGGACCAUAACAUUCAUUUUGUUUGUGUGUUAGUUCGAGUUAUGACAAUGCUAACACAGUUUGAAUUAGUGUAGCACUGUGUAUGAAUGGCUACAGCACUUUGGAGUGAAAGGGAAAUCAUUUGUCAAGUUUGGUCUUGUGUGUUCAUAAAUCCUAAGAAAUACACUUCCUAGACAAUGAAUCCAAAUCAUAACAUAUUCUCAGUUCAUGUAAAUGUUUCAGGCUUCACUAACCACCACAAUCACACUCAGCGGUCACAUGACAGGGACAUAUACUUUGACGACUCAGCAUAUUGGUCACGUGCUGCAGACACAUCUCCUUUCAUCAGAGCGCGCUCAUGGCUUAAUGUGGAAAACCUGAAAAAACAGCUUGAUAGCUACAGAACAGUAUUAGGACUACAAACUGACUGUUGAGUUCUGACUUUAAACUCAGAAUUGUGAGAAAAUUCAGAUUUGUGUCAUUCAUGUCUUUGGAUGCAGAAUUGCAAAUAAUCCUCUUCCAUGCAUAACCAUUUUGUACGGAAGAGGUAUAGAGCUGCAACUGCUUAGCAAGGUUGCAGUUGUUGGGGUUAGUGAAGCCAGAUAUCUAAAAGAUAGUUCCUUGGUAUGUUGAGAUGGCUUCAUAGUACAGGCCUCUAGUUAGGUGUGCAGCAUAAGUUACCAUGGUGAACGUCACAGGUUCGAAGUGAACCACUGCUUUGACCCUGCUAACCCAGAGUUAACCACAAAUCAGGCUUUGUAGUACAGGCCUCUGGACAAAGUCAGGGGGGCAUCUUAAAAUUCUCCAGCUUGUUUGUUUUCUCUGCAUUAUCUACCAUUAUUCUUUGUUUUGAAUGGCCUAUAUAAAAUAUUCUCCAUAGUGUGUAAAGCAGAAGGCUGAACAGAAAGUGUGAUGCUCUACCUCCAGUAGAGAAACCCUUUUUUGACAAGUGCUUCAGUUUAAAGCAGAAACUGAAAAGCCUCCUGUCAUUAGAAGGACCCUUGUGAUUCUUGUGGUUAGUACUCCUACAUUUGGUUUUGCCUCCUUUUGUAUAUUAGUAUUUAAUAGCAUAUUUAAAAAGAACUGAAGUAACUGGGCUAGCUGGACUAUGAACUGGCAAUAUGUGCAUUUGUAAACAACAAAAAAAGAUUUGUUUAUCAUUAAAUUAUAUAUGUGCACAAAAGUAAAACUUUUUAAUCAUACAACACUCAACAAUGUUACUGAUUGUAUAUUGAACAAAAAAAUAAAUAAUCAAUAAAACUGA